AUGGCGCAGAUAAUUCGAGAUGCCCCCGUGGGCCAACUAAUUCGUUUCGUCACACGCAACAAGUUUUUCCAGUAUCCCGAAGAGAAGUCCGACUUCCAACUUCCGCAACAGUGGCUCGACGUCCUCAACUCGGAGAAAGGGAUCCCGGAGGAAGAAGGAACCACAGGUGCGGCGUCGCCGAGGACGUCCGAGUCGACCCAUAUCGACGAGCAAAUCACGCCGUACCCCAAGGGUGAUGUUGAAGACGCCGCUCCGUACGGCGCCGCCCUGCACCGGACGCGGAGUAGGGAAGAGACGGCCCCUUACACCCAAGACCGGCUCGAGGUGGACGAGAUCCACGAGAUCCAGAGGACCAAGAGCAUCCCGAUUGCGCCCAGGAAGACAAAGGACGGCGCGAUCCUGGUGGACUGGUACUUCAGCGACGACGCCGAGAACCCGCAGAACUGGUCCAACGCGAAGCGCGGCCUCAUCACCGCCGUCAUCUGCGUCUACACUUUCGUCGUCUACAUGUCCUCGGCCAUCUACAUGCCCUCCAUCGAGGGCGUCGUCCACGAGUUCGGCGUCGGCAUGACCGAGGCCUCGCUGGGCCUCGCCCUCUUCGUCCUGGGCUACGGCAUCGGGCCCUUGCUCUUCUCCCCGCUCUCCGAGAUCCCCCGCAUCGGCCGGAACCCCGUCUACAUCGUCACCAUGCUCCUCUUCGUCGUCGUGUCGAUCCCGACGCCCCUGGCCGGCAACUUCGCCGGUCUGAUGGUCCUCCGCUUCCUGCAGGGCCUCUUCGGCUCGCCGUGCCUGGCCUCGGGCGCCGCCUCGCUCGGCGACAUGUACAGCCUGCUGAACCUCCCCUACCCGCUCAUCGCCUGGGUGUCCGCCGCCUACUGCGGCCCGGCCAUCUCCCCGCUGCUGUCCGGCUUCUCCGUGCCCGUCAUGGGCUGGCGCUGGUCCCUCUGGGAGAUCCUCUGGGCCGCCGCGCCCGUCUUCGUCGUCAUGUUCCUCCUGCUGCCCGAGACGUCGACCCCCAACAUCCUCCUGCGCCGCGCCGCCCGCCUCCGCGCGUUGACGGGCGACGCCCGCUUCAUGGCCCAGUCCGAGAUCGACCAGCGCGACCUCCGCACCUCGGCCGUCGUCAUCGACGCCCUCAUCAAGCCGCUCGAGAUCACUCUCAAGGACCCGGCCGUGCUCUUCGUCCAGGUCUACACCGCCAUCAUCUACGGCAUCUACUACUCCUUCUUCGAGGUCUUCCCAUUAGUCUACCCGGUCUACUACGGCAUGUCCAUUGGCGAGGUCGGCCUCGUCUUCCUCUGCAUCCUCGUCGCCUGCCUCCUCGGCGUCGCCGCCUACGCCUCGUACCUGGGCUUCCACAUGAUCCCGCGCAUCAGGAAAUUCGGCUUCCCGAGCCAGGAGACCCGCCUCGUGCCCGCGCUCCCGGCCGCCUUCGGGCCGACCAUCGGCCUGUUCAUCUUCGCCUGGACGGCGUCCCCGGCCAUCCACUGGAUCGCGCCGACCAUCGGCAUCACCGUCUACGGCGCCUCCGUCUUCGUCGUCAUGCAGUGCAUCUUCGUCUACGUGCCGCUGUCGUACCCGCGCUACGCCGCGAGCCUCUUCGCGGGCAACGACUUCUUCCGCUCGGCCUUUGCCUUCGCGAGCGUGCUGUUCGCGCGCCCGAUGUACCUGAACCUCGGCGUCGCCCGCGGCACGAGCCUGCUGGGCGGGCUGAGCACCAUCGGCAUCAUCGGUAUUUGGCUGCUCUACUUUUACGGGGCAAGGUUGAGGUCCAUGAGCAAGUUUGCGGUGUCGUCCGAGUGA